GGCUGGCCUGGAGGGGGAGGGCUGGCUGGGGAGGUCUGAGCUCCCAGCAGGAUCAGCAAAGGCUCAGCAGUGUCUUAGGUUUAAUCCUGCCCCCACCCCUGCCUCUGUCAGUCUGCCCCUCCUACUUCACCCCUGCCCUUCCCUUCACCCAACCCCCAGCCUGGCCGCUCCUGCAGCUGAAUGGACUUCUCCCUCGGCCUACGCUUGGGCCCUCGCAACAAGAAGGCCACCCACCAACAGCCCCCUACACCCUCCGGGCACGCCGCACCAGCUGCCGCCCCUUGUCUGUCCUGUCCCCCCUCCGCCUGUUUUUGCCCCUGCCCUAGCUGUCCUCCUCCUACCUGCUCCUGCACUGCCUAUCCCUCUCAUGCAGCUACCUGCCCCUCCUGCCCCAGUCUUCCUGGCCCACCCUGUACCUGCUCCUGCCCCCCCUGCCCUGCCUGUCCUCCCCUGACUUGUCCCCACAGCUCCUGUGUCUUGUGCGCUGGUCCGCACGUGACCUGCUGCCACCCCUCACCUUGCCCAAUUUACCCUUGCUCCAGAGGCCGAGCUGCCUGUCCCAGCUCCUGCCUGGGCUGUAGUGACAGCUGUGGCUGUGGCCCAGGGGCUCCUCCAGGCUCCACUGGCCGCUGCAGCCGCUGCUUCCGGGGACAACGCACCUCUCAGAGGCACUGUCUCAUAGUCUAGCUGGACUGCUGCCCCGCUGAGAGGUUGUCGGUCUGGUCUCCCGGAGCACUUCUGCCAGCUGCUUCCUCUGGGGGGAGGCAGAAGCUCUGGAGUGAGGAGAGGCAUCAGCUAAACCCCUCACCCAGACAGGUAGAGGCAGAAGACUGCUCAGAGCCCCCGCGCAUCCCCCAUAGUCCCUGAGAGCGGGGCAUCUGCUUUGAUGUUAGUUUCUGGGCCUGCUCCCGCUGGUUCCAGAACCUCCUCUUCUGCAACUUCUGAAAUGGAAAGCAUGCUUCUCAGAGCCUCCCUCAAGGCCUCGGAAGGUGAGGAAGUUGGCCAUUUUCUUCCUGUAGUCAGCCUCUGCUGGACAUCCUUCUUGGCUCAUCUUCUCUGCAGUUCUCAUGGAUAAGGAACCUGGAGUUCUCUGCCUGGAUGUCUUGUCUUUCAAAUCUCUGAGUGCUCGCGCAGUGUCAUGACCUCAAUCUUCCAGCAAUAAUCCCCUCUGUUACAUCCAUGCUCAUCUGGCAUGGGGAUAAGGGAAGCUGGGAAGUCUGGUCUCAGUGAUCCCAUCCAUAUAGUUAAGUCAAAAUACCCUGUCCCUGUGGAUAGGACCUGAGUUUGGAGAAGCCACCAAGAGGAAGCUGGAAGUAAGAGCCCCAGGGUAGCCAAAUAGCUCUUAAGAAGAAUUCCAGCUAAUGCGGAAGGAAUACGGAAUUAGAAAAAUCAUUGGGCAGCCCUUGAUCAAAUAAUUAAUCAAAGCAAGAAUCACGAAUGGAUGAAACCAAAGAUGAUGGUUGAUGGUGAACUUUACAAUGGAGGAAUCAAGCCGUGACCACCUAACCCCACUGAGGAAUCUUACCAUCACUAAAAGGGGUAUAACCCCUCUACUGUGUACCUUCUGGGGUGAUGCAAUCUGAAGCACUCAGCGCCACCCAUGAAAGACUCUUGCCAAACAAAGGAACAAACACACACACACAAAACUGAACAUGAUUCUAAUCAAACCUCUAAAACCAACCUCCAUUUAACAGGAAAUAUCAGGGAUGGAGGAACAAUUUAAAUGACACAACGAGGAAGUAAGAAGACACAUCCAGAGAGUGGGAACUUUUCAAGGAAAUGUGGCUCAAUUUCUUCAACUAGUCAAUGGCUAGGGGGGAAAAUUGAGAGAGGACAUAAAAGGACUACUAUUAUAUGGGGCAUGUGGACUCUUUUGGUUCCUGAUUGGAUAACCCAAUUGUAAAAAGACAGUUUCAGACAGUUGGAGCCUUUUACUUACGGACUGGAGAAUGCCAAGGAGUCAGUAUUGAUUUUGUUAGACAUAAAAUGGCUUCAGCGUUUUGUAAGAAAAGGGCCUUAUUUCCUAGGGGUGCAUAUUGAAGUAUGGAGUGAAGUGACAUACUUACUUUUAAGUAUUUGGGCAGAUAAAAAAGGACGGAAUUAAAGGAAUAGAAGCAACGAAGUGACAGAAUUAUAUUAUUGAAUUAACUAUGUAGGGGUUCAUAGAACUCUGCUCUCUACCUGUGUGUAUGUUUAAACAUUUUCAUAAUAAAAGUUUUAAAUGUU